CACAUCCCUCCUAUACCAGCCUUAUAGGAGCUCUUCUGCUCUGAAUGCUACACUGAGUUUGCUGCUAUGCCAGUCAUGUGGUCCACUCUCCUUGUGUCAUGUUUUCUGUUUCCUCCAUGUAUGCACUCAGUUCAGUGGUGCUACCAGAGCCAGUACUCAUGUGAGAAUAAGUGCAGAGAGCCCAGUCAGUGGGGCAAAGACUUUCCAGUUUGUGGAGGCCAGAAUCAAUCACCAAUUAACAUUGUGACACACAAGGUGAGGCAUGACCCCCAUCUAACCCCAAUCAUCUUCGAAGGUUACACGCAAACCUUGAACAUCACUGUGCAUAACCUCGGAAAUACAGCCAUGUUUGCACUUCCUCAAUCUCUGCGGAUCCAAGGAGGGGAUCUGCCUGCCACCUACAAGGCUGUUCAGCUACAUCUACACUGGGGAGUGGAUGAGUGGCCAGGCUCAGAACACACUGUAGAUGGGGAGCAGUAUUCCAUGGAACUCCAUGUUGUCCAUAUAAAAGAGCAGUACCAAACCCUGAAGGAAGCCAUGAAUGACACAGUGGGGGUAGCAGCUCUUGCGUUCUUCUAUGAGGUGUCCACAGAAGAAAACCCGAAAUUCAAUCAAGUGAUUCAGGCUUUAAGAAGAAUUCCAUAUAGAGGAAACACAAGUAUUAUCCCAGAAUUCCGACUGACUGAUAUCUUGCCUUCGUUGGAGAAGCUUUCCAGUUACUACCGUUACUCAGGUUCUCUGACCAAGCCAGGCUGUGAUGAGGCCAUCAUCUGGACUGUCUUCCAGGAGUCUUUUUCCAUCAGCCAACAACAGUUGGUGAACGUAACCAAGCAGAUGUGGUUUGGGACAGGAAAGCCCAUGACUGACAACUUCCGCCCAGUGCAGAAGCUAAACGGGCGCAUAGUGUACAAAUCCAUGGCAUGCUCCUACACAUCAUCAGGACCAGUCAUCCUGUGUCUGUGUGUCCUCUGUAUAUUUGAUCUGAUAGAGGGUAUAUUCACAUAAUGUAUUGUCUAUAUAAUUUCAGGAGAGAAAUCCAAAGUAAUAAUAAUAACAAUAAUAAUAAUACAUGUACAUUUACAGAGAUGAAACAGUAAUAUUCUAGUUCUUUGUACCCCACCAUGAUUGAAAACUUGCAGCAAAAUCCCCCAAACCUCCAGAAUUAUAUCAAAAACUAACAAAAUGCUUUGAUUUAUGAUGAAUGUAUAAAGAAAGGAGCUGCAACAUCAUUUAUUAAAAAUAGUGGGACAUGGGAAGGCGUAUUGGGUACCAUAGGUAAUUUCGGUUUGA